AUGGCCUCUCAAUACAUUAAAGGCAUAGUGGCUGGAGGAAUAACACUAGGAUUCGGAUAUUUGUUAAUGAAAGUUGUUACACCUACUAAAGAACAACUUUACGAGGAUUUGAAAUUUGAACUAAUUUACUUGACGAAUUUACUAUUUUACUACGACUUACGAAUUAAAAAGAAAUUAUCACCAGACUUAAAACAUCAAAUUGGCUCUCGAGAACAACGCGAAAAUAAUGUAGCUAUAAUGGAUUUAAUGAAAAAAGUUGCAGAAUCCGAUAAACCAAGAGGUGGUGGUAUCAUUGCAGGUAUAGAUGUCCCAACUGAUGAUAUAAUUAUUUCAUUA